UGAAAGAUGAAGAAAACUAGAGAGAGAGAGAAAGAGAAAGCUGUGGAUGAACAGACACUGUAUAUAGAGCAAAUGGGAGGGAAAGUAACAGAUGGACUUGUGAGGAUUAGAGAAAUCUGGGUGCAUUUCUGAUGGAAACUCACCCAAGACGGAGAAGGGAGUGAUGAGUGAGCGCAGAGAAAAAGGUGAAGGAAAACCGAAUUCCUGUUCGAGGAGAGGUGAAGGAAACACAAAGAGUCUCAAACACGGUGGUCGUGCAGACAAAGAAAGCAUAAGAGUCAGUUGGCAUUAGUCUCAUCCGCCUAACCCUGCAAGAUUACCACAGAUUACCAGGCUCAGAGGUAGGCCUGAGAUACCAGACUAAUCACUCCCUUGGGAGCUCAAUCCUUCCUGGAAAGGUGAACAAGCAGGUUGAAGAACAGGAUGUGCCCUGAGACCGCCGCUGAUUAGUCUCAAAAUCCGCAGGACAAGAUUACGACUUUUAUCUUCAACCGUGGGGAGCAAAAGUCAUAAACAACAGAGAAAUAUCUGAGACGUGAUGGCGGUGGAAACAUGGGGUAGAGCUGCAGCUCGGUGAGAAGAAAUGUGUGGAGUUAAACGUGUCGCCUGGCUUGUGCCGUAACAUCAAGAAGAAAGGAAUUUAAAUUUGAUGAACUGCUUUGCUGAAACUGGAAGAGGAGGAGAGCUGGAGUUCCUCCUGCAACCUCUUGCCUCCACAUCUGUCUCUGUCUUGCUCGCUGGAGGGGAUUAAAUCCCAGCACUUCAUCUUUCUCCACUCCACUGUCCUCUGACCUCCGCUCAUCGACUGUUGUUCUUCCUCGAGCUCCCUCCAUCUCUCCAUCUCUCCACCUCUGACCUUUGUUCCACUUUAAUCCCCUCUCCUAGCUUCCUCUCUCUUUUCUCCUUUUCAUCCUCCAUAAUUCAAUCUCAGUCGCCACAACAACCCGCGACGCUUCAGCACUGUGGUGUCACAGAAACCCCCCUCGCUCCUCUCAUCCUCAUCCUGAUUGGUCAACAGAACCUGCCAGGCUCUUGCAGCCAUUUUUGAACCAGUAUCAACCCCCUCAAAGUGAAGCCGAAGCACACUCUGUUCCCAACUAAUUUCUCUCUGAGUUCCUUUGAGUCCAGAAGCAACAAUGCUGGAGAACAUGUCCAGACGUAACCGCUCCCUGCUGUCACUUACCCUCACCUCAUUGGCCCUCACCCUGUCCGUCUCGGCUUUCUGCACCUCCUAUUGGUGCGAGGGAACACACAAGGUGGUGAAGCCUGCCUGCCUGUCACCUGUCAAGUUGAAGAACUGCGGACAGAACAACAGCCAGCCGUACACCACAGAGACCCCCACCCCAGACCCGGGGCAACCGCACUCCAACGUGACGCUCUCUCCGCUGCAAAAGGAGGAGCUGGCCAGGACACAGACAAAGCAGCUGGCCAACGCCGUCCACUACAUCUGGGAGACGGGCGAGGAUAAGUACAUGCUGCGCUACUUCCACACCGGCUUCUGGCUCUCCUGUGAGAAACACAAUGAAGGUGGGAAUCAGGUAGAAAAGUGUCGCAGCUUCAUUGAGCUGACGCCAGGAGAAACACAAGGUGUCCUCUGGCUUUCAGUCAUCAGUGAGUUUACGUACAUCAGUCUUCUGGCCAUGGGCUUCCUGCUGAUGUGUGUGGAAGCGAUUUGCCUCUGUGCCAAGAGGGAGAUGAACGCCCUCAAGAUCAACGCCUACGCCGCCAUGUGCACUGUCCUCUCAGGUUUGAUGGGGAUGGUAGCACACAUGAUGUACACCACAGUGUUUCAGAUGACUGUGAGCAUUGGGCCCAAAGACUGGAGGCCACAGACCUGGGACUAUGGAUGGUCUUUUGCCAUGGCGUGGCUGUCGUUUAGCUGCUGCAUGGCGGCCGCCGUGGCCACGCUCAACUCCUACACCAAGACCCUCAUCGAGAUGAAGCACCGCGCCCGGCUGAGGCUGGAAGAGGUGCGCGCUGCUUCCUGCGCCCCCUCCUACGAGGAGGUUGUUCGAGCCGGCAGUGGAGGCGUUUACUCUGUUAGUCAACUGAUUCAGCUCGGCCAGCAGGGGGCGCUCAUGGACCCUCUGUGGCCCCGAGGAAUGGGACCAGCGGUUAGCCCUCUGGCGUGCGGCGCUGGGGGAGCACUGCUUAUUGGUGGAGGGGGAAUUGGAGUUGGAGGAAUGGGAGCUGUUGGGAUGGGAAUGGGAGGAGUUGGAGUGGGAGGGAAUGUCGUUGGAAUGGGAGGACUGGGAAUGGGUGCAGUAGGAGGAGUUGGGGGAAUGGGGGUUGGAGUAGUUGGUGUUGGAGGAAAUGGAGUUGGAAUGGGAGCAGUAGGAGGAGUUAGGGGAAUGGGUUUGGGAACGAUGGGGGGAGUGGGAGGAUAUGGAAUGGGAGGGGGGCGGCUGGUGGACCCUCAUGGUAUGGUAGUGGUGGAGGGAUGUGGAGCUGAAGGAUGCGAAGACUGUGAACGUGAGUUGGACGAGAUAGAUUACGCUCUGCAGGAGGAGAGAGAGGACUCGCUCUGCUAAGACUUUAGGGGGGCGAGGACUGUGACAAUAGCUGAUCGGGAUUGGUUUGACACAUUGUAUUUGAAACUGCCUUCCGAGAUAACAAGAUUUGAACAAAUACCUCCAGAAAUAUUCAUUGUUUUUUGUAUAUGUGCAGUUUCAAAUGAUAAUUACAACAUUUUUAGUCACACAAUGGUCAUUUCAAGCUGUGAUUCGAUUUGAGGACAAAAAGACAUACGCACAGACUCACAGCUCCAAUGGACUGUUGGUUCAUCACAUUGUUACAGCUAACGAGUUAACAGAGAAUUAUCUAUUUACACGUCCAGCAGACACAGACCAACAUUAUCCUCCCAUUGCAAACCUCUGCUUUUAUGAGGAAGGUGAGACUCGGACAUCUAUGUGCAGCAGAAGAACCAAAACAAUUGGCUAAAAGUUGCAUUGAGUCUUUAACUUCAACAGGUCACUGGUAGCGACUUAUUUCGGACAAUGACUUUGCUGCUAAUGUGGACUUCUGUUCAACAUGCAGUAUCACCCGUGAACCCCUGUUAAUGUUUUGAAAAUCCUUUCCUAUAAUUUUAUUUUUUAUUUAUUAUAGAAUUUUGCAGUUGGAAUGAGUAUAUGAAAUGUUUAAACUAUUGCCUGUUUUUUAACAAAAAGUAGUUUCAUGUAAAUAUUUUAAACAUGUUAAAAGGACCAAAAGGCAAUAAUGUGGGGUCAUGUCAACAGAAAGUUGUGUCUGCUAUAAUUUAAUAAUAUUUUAAAAUCCUGUUAAUACUUAAUUAAUACUUUUUAAUAAUGUCUAGGAGUGGCUGUUCUAUAUGUUCAAUAAGAAAUCAGCUAACAUCUAUUUCAGGCUGGAUGUACACAGAACACAGAGAAUAAAACAGAAAUUGGUUUUGUGACGCUAUGCAAUGAUGAUUAUCUUUCAGGAAAAUGUUGCUACAAACAGAUCAGUAAAACUUCAGUUUUCUCUGCUCGUGUAAAUACAGCCUUACAGUGACUUCUUCAGGGAUUGCAUGUCGUUUUAUGACUUACGAGAUGUGUAAGAGGAUGUGAGAUUGUUUAAGUGUCAACUCAAAAGGUUUGAUAAGUAUAUGUUAUUUUUUGUUUUUUCAUCUGUUUGCAUGAAUGGAUAAAAAUCCCCUCCAGUAUAAGGAGAUGUAAUAAAAACAAACCACAUUGUCUGAUGAUGUCUUAUCAAUGCAUGGAUUCCAUGUGAUCAUGUAAUCAUCAACUUUAUGUUGAGACAAUAAUGAUAAAUCACAUUUUUUGUUGCAGAAGUGUCAAAAUUGCAAUAGAACAUGA